CAACGGCCUGCUUUGAGCUCUCUUUUAACUUGGAACCGCCUCUUCCCAGAGCAGAAUGGGGCGUCGCAGAACAUGUGGGAUCUGUAUCAUUCUCUGCAUCAUCUCCGUAUCGACUAUGCUCGUAUCUGCUGGCGACGAUGGGCUAUUCCGUAUUGCUUUGAAGAAAAGACCGGUACCAAAAGGCCUCUAUGGUGAACUAUGGCCAAAGAGUACAUCAGAGAACGAAGCCACACUUGGAUAUGCUAGCGUCAGGCUGAACGGCGCCGCGGGGAGAAAGGUUGAUCCGGUGAGGGAAGCAGUUAACCAAGUUCGUGUCAACGAGCAAAGGAUGUUCGUGGAGGUUGCGGCCGCGGAACAGCGGCGCAAGAGUUACCGGAGUCGCAGAUGGGCCAGAGAAGACCACAGUUUGCGUGAUGGUCAGCAGGCCGUUAUCGAGCUGAAGAACUAUGCGAAUGUUCAAUAUGUUGGGCAGAUCGGAGUUGGAAACCCGCCGCAGAAUUUCACGGUCGUCUUUGACACGGGGAGCUCAAACCUCUGGGUGCCUUCCGCCGACUGCUACUUUUCGCUUGCUUGCUACUUCCAUCCCAGGUAUGUAUCAGGACGGUCCAGCGCUUACAAAGAAAACGGAACACCUGUUGCCUUGCACUAUGGACCAGCAGGAGCAAUUUUUGGUUUUUACAGUGAAGAUGAGGUUACUGUUGGCGGCCUCGUCGUUAAAAAUCAGGAAUUCAUUGAAGCUACUUAUGAGCAUGGUUUUACAUUUUUAGCGGCAAAAUUUGAUGGCAUCCUUGGACUUGGAUUUAAGGAAAUUUCAGUUGAAGGCUCAGUUCCAGUCUGGUACAAUAUGGUUUCACAAGGUCUUGUGAAAAAUCCUACUUUCUCCUUUUGGCUAAAUCGAAAUGCAAACGAUGGGGAGGGAGGUGAAAUCGUUUUCGGAGGUGAUGACCCAAAACAUUACAAAGGCAGUCAUACAUACACCCGAGUAACCCGGAAAGCAUUUUGGCAGUUUGAAAUGGGGGACUUUCUUAUUGGUGGGAGGAGCACUGGAAUUUGUGUGGAUGGUUGUGCGGCAAUAGCACACUCGGGAAUUUCGUUGGUUGCUGGUCCAAUAUGUGCCAUUGCCCAGAUCCAUGAACAGAUUGGAGCUACAGGAGUGGCUAACAAAGAGUGCAAGCAAGUCGUCACUGGAUAUGGGGAAGAAAUGAUGGAAUUGCUGAAAACUAAGACACCACCAGCACAAGUAUGUUCGAGGAUUGGACUCUGUGCAUCUGAUAGAACUCGUGGAGCUAGUGCUGGUAUCGAGAGUGUAGCGGGAGAGGCAGGAACAUCAUCUGUAGAUGGCAUGUCUGACGCUUUAUGUAACUCAUGCGAGAUGGCACUUACCUGGAUGCAGAGCGAGUUCGUUCAGAACCGCACCAAGGAGGGCACGCUCGAGUAUGUCAAUCGGCUCUGCCACCAUAUGCCAAGUCCAGUCGGAUCAUAUGUGGACUGUAGACGCAUCGAUUCCUUGCCAAGUAUCUCAUUCAGCAUAGGUGGACGCAUAUUCGAGCUCCAGCCAGAGCAGUAUAUUCUCAAGGUUGGCGAAGGAUUUCUGACUCGGUGUAUCAGCGGAUUCACAGCCUUGGAAAUACCCCCUCCAAUAGGCCCUUUCUGGAUACUAGGCGAGGUCUUCAUGGGAGCGUACCACACCAUCUUUGACUACGGCAAGAUGAAGGUUGGCUUCGCAGAUUCAGCAUGA